AUGGAACCCUCACAUGGGAACCUCACAGGGGACCCUCACAUGGAACCCUCACAUGGGACCCUCACAGGGGACCCUCACAUGGAACCCUCACAUGGAACCCUCACGGGGGACCCUCACAUGGGACCCUCACACGGAACCCUCACACGGGACCCUCACACGGGACCCUCACAGGGAACCCUCACAUGGAACCCUCACAUGGAACCCUCACGGGGGACCCUCACAUGGAACCCUCACAUGGGACCCUCACACGGAACCCUCACACGGGACCCUCACAGAGAACCCUCACAUGGAACCCUCACAUGGGACCCUCACAUGGAACCCUCACAUGGAACCCUCACGGGGGACCCUCACACGGGACCCUCACAUGGAACCCUCACAGGGGACCCUCACACGGGACCCUCACAUGGAACCCUCACAUGGAACCCUCACGGGGGACCCUCACACGGGACCCUCACAGGGGACCCUCACAUGGAACCCUCGCAUGGAACCCUCACGGGGGACCCUCACACGGGACCCUCACAUGGAACCCUCACAGGGGACCCUCACACGGGACCCUCACAUGGAACCCUCACAUGGAACCCUCACAGGGGACCCUCACAUGGAACCCUCACAUGGAACCCUCACGGGGGACCCUCACACGGGACCCUCACAUGGAACCCUCACACGGGACCCUCACAUGGAACCCUCACAUGGAACCCUCACAGGGGACCCUCACAGGGGACUCCUGGCGGGGAUUACAGACACUGA